UAUAUCUCUAAUAUGGUCAUCUACUGAUACCCAUUAUCAUAUUCCCGUCAGAAAAACGGUGUGUGAAUCAGUGUAGUGGAGAGUGUCAAGAGGUCACAAAGGUAUAAGGAAGACUCAGGUUACCAAGAUGAAUCCUAUGGAGAAACAGAAUCAUUCUGCAGUGAUUGAGGUGACUGAAUUUAUUCUCCUGGGGAUCACCAGCAAUCCUGGGCUACAAGCACCUCUCCUCGCAAUCUUCCUCAUCAUAUAUUUGAUCACAGUGACAGGCAAUCUGGGCAUAGUUAUCUUGACCCAUUUGGACUCCAAGCUAAAUACCCCCAUGUACUUUUUCCUUAGACAUCUGUCAAUUACUGAUCUUGGUUACUCCACUGUCAUCGGCCCAAAAAUGAUGGUAAACUUUGUGGUGCACAAAAAUACAAUUUCCUACCAUUGGUGUGCCACCCAGCUGGCAGUCUUUGAGAUUUUCAUCAUCACCGAACUGUUCAUUCUUUCAGCAAUGGCCUAUGAUCGCUACGUAGCCAUCUGCAAACCUCUCCUCUACGUGGUCAUCAUGGCAGAGAAGGUGCGUUGGGCGCUGGUCCUUAUUCCUUAUUUCUACAGCACAUUUGUGUCGCUCUUUCUCACAAUCAAAUUAUUUAAAUUGUCCUUCUGUGGCUCUAACAUUAUCAGGUAUUUUUACUGUGACUGCCUUCCUCUCAUAUCCAUGCUCUGUUCAGACACACGUGAAUUAGAAUUGAUCAUUUUAAGUUUUUCAGGCUGUAAUCUGCUCUCUUCCCUCUUGAUUGUUCUUAUAUCCUACAUGUUUAUUCUUGUGGCCAUCCUCAGAAUGAACUCAACCGAGGGGAGAUACAAAGCCUUCUCAACCUGUAGUUCCCACUUGACGGUGGUGGUCGUGUUCUAUGGGACAUUAUUGUUUAUUUACCUGCAGCCCAAAUCCAGCCAUACUUUUGAUAUUGAUAAGAUGGCCUCUGUGUUUUACACUUUGGUGAUCCCUAUGCUGAAUCCAUUGAUCUACAGCUUAAGGAACAAAGAAGUAAAAGAUGCUCUGAAGAGAAUUUUAACCAACCGAUGCAAAAUUCCCACUUAAUAUCAUACAGUUCAGUUGCAAAGGUGGGUCCAAAAGUCUUUGUUUAAUGCUCUUCCAGUUCAAUUAUAGCAUCAAAAAGUAGAAAUGUUUUACCUGAUUGAUCGUGUUCCUCCUUUUUUGGACAAAACUCCUCCUAUAUCUUCCUGUAUUCUUCUCCAUCCCAAUUGAAUAAAUGAAUGAAUUAAUUAAUUAAUAUUAUAGCCAGAUAAUUUAAGUCCCAAGUUAUGUCCAAGGUCAUAUUGGAGGUUGUAGGCAAAUCAUAUUGAACUUGGGUUUGUAGAGGCUAAAAAAAAUCUUAGUCAAAAUGGAGUAAAACUUACCAGAAAAUACUAAUGUGUUUUUUAUAGUAGUGAUUUUGUAUUGAUGAUAGGUAAGAUUGUGUAUGCUAGACAGGAGGCAAGAAAGUAAGUAAAUGUGUGAUUAUAACACAACAUGAUCAAAUAGUUUCAAGAAUCUAGGCUAAAUAAGAAAUAAAGCAUAACACUUCAGAAUGAUACUACCAGUUGGAUUGAGUUCAUAUUUUCUACUUCAAGGGUACAGUGGUCAUCUGGGAAGAUUGUUUCAUUAAGAACAUGAGAAAAAUAUUGGCUGAUUCUUGGUCCCCCUUGACAGGUCCUCACACUGUAUAAGUAACUUUGAUUUACCAUAGGCUCCUGAUAAGCUGAUUUAGAAUCAACAAACUCAAGAUCAAGAAGUUAUUUGGUCGUCUAUCAAAAUGACAUCAAGAUUUUGAAAAAUCUAUAGCAGUAAUAGCAAAGA